UGCAAAUUCCUGCCCCUGGGGAGGAAUAAGAGCCAGUACACACUGGUGACGGCAGCAGCUAUACGGAGAAGGACCUGGGGUGCUGGUGGUCCACCAGGACCGUGGACCUGCUCUUGGAGUGCCGCUUUUGUGCAGAGCUUUGUGUGGCUGGGGGGCUCUGUGUCCCACACGCAGCUGUCUGUGGCAGUGGGCAGUACUGAGGACUCCUGGCCAGUUCCUCUGCAUUUCCUGACCACCUCCUUCAGGAGAUGGUGCUGAGUCCUGAGGAGCGCCUGCAGCAGGGCAGCUCUGCCAUGACGGCUGGCAGCAGCCAGGUGGAGCGGGCAGGGGAGCAGGAAGCAGCGGCAGACGUCCUGUGCGCCAUCUGCAUGAGUACCAUCGGCGAUGCAGCGUACGUGGACGGGUGCCUGCACAGCUUCUGCUUCGGCUGCAUCCAGCAGUGGGCCGCCAGGAAAGCGGUGUGCCCCCUCUGCAGGAGGCCUUUCGACCGCCUCCUGCACACGGUGCGGGCGGACGACGACUACCAGGAGUACGUGGUGAGCUCGUCCGCCCGCCCGCCGAGGUCCGUGGCCAGGGCCCAGGUGUACAGGCACCUGCGCUCAAGGCUCGGCACCCGCAGCCCCGCGGUGAGAAGGGGUUUUGUGAGGAGGCUCCGACGGCAGCCGGGUGACGCAGCCCCUUGGCGCUCCGGCGCCCCCGCCCGGCAGGAUGCAGGGGACGGCCCGGCCGGCCCGGCAGAGCCACCCGUCGGGCGCUACGACCUGGAGGCUCUGGGGGCGCGGCUGCUCGCCUUCGCGGAAAGGCAGUGA